AUGGCAGCUCCCGAAGUCACCAUCGACCCCACCGCCGACGAAGAAAUGGCUGAGGCGGAAGUUGUCGAAGCUGGCGAUGAAGGAGCUGCCGACGACGCCAAUCCGACUGGUCUAGAAGGUAUUGAGCCCACUGUCGCCGAGCGCACCACUUUCUUAGACUAUCUCCGCUCACCAAUAAUCGAGCUUGCCAUUGGCAGCAGCGACUCUGCCACCACCCUCUCAGCCCACCAAGGCCUCCUCGUCCAGUCUCCCUUCUUCGCCGACGCAUGCGCACAGUUCUCCGACUCCGCGCCCGCGCGGCGCAUCGAUUUGGCCAACGAUGAUCUAGAAGCCACCUCGUGCGUUCUCGAAUACCUCUACAAGUCCGAUUACUUCCCCACCCUCAACGAACGCAACCUCGAGUACGACCCCUCAUUACCGCAACCGGACAAUGAAGGCGUCGGCCUCCUGCGCCAUGCGCGCGUCUACACCCUUGCGCAACGCUUCGGCCUCCCGCAGCUCGCAGCGCUAGCGCACCGCAAGAUCCACUUGACGGAGUCCACGGCCAAGGGCGAGAUCGCUUACGCGCGCUUCGUGUACAAGGAGACAUCUCCCGACGACGAAAACAUCAGACGGCCGGUGGCGGCUUUCUGGGCACAGAGGAGUCAUGUGCUGCGUCACGAAGCCGAGCACGGGUUCAAACGGAUGUGUCUGGAGUUCCCUCAGUUCGGUUUCGAUGUCCUAAGUAUGGUGCUGGACGCGCAGGAGAAGAGGAGUCAGCGUCAGGAGGCGCAGAAUGCCGGUGGUGCGGGCAGGAAGAGGCAGAGGGUGAGCGGGGUGGUGACUUGA